UGACCGUCUCAGCUCCACACAGGAAGUCAGUUGGCGAAUUCAACAUGGCUGCUGUUUGCGAAUAGAGGAGUAGUGUUAAGCAAUGUACUCGUCUGACUUCCCCCGUCUCUAGGACAGUUGAGUCGGCUCGGUUCGGUGUGGUAGCUGGUGUUGACGCUGGUCCGACAUGGCCCAAUGUGUUCAGUCUGUGCAGGAGUUCGUCCAGGACUCCUUCGUCCCCAUGGUGGCCGUCUUAUGCAGCGAAGAAGCGGAGAGAGUGACUCGCAAGAACAACCUGAAUUUCGCCGAGCUGCUGCGGCCUUUCUGCAGACUGACGUCCGAAGGUCACAUCCGGGACACCAAUAACCAGAUGCAGGUUGUGAAAAACCUGCGCAUCUGUGUCAACAAUGUGGUGACAACCCCAACAGCAUCUGCUACCUUCAGCCCCGCUCAGCGCAGACUGCUCAAUGAAGUGGUGUUAUCCUGCCAGCCACAAGAGGGCGCUGCGACCAACAUGAUCACAACAGGAGACUAUGACCUCAACUUCAGUGAUCACUCUGUUAAAGCUAGCCUCCCCUGGUACAGUGUCUGGAGAGAAACACUGUUGGAAGCCAGCACCUCUGAGCACUACACAGCCACCACGCCAUGGUUUGAAGCCUACAGGGAGAACUUCUUGCAGUCGAUGCAUGCCUCCGACCAUGAGUUUCUCAAUCACUACCUUGCCUGCCUGCUGGUGGUGUCCUCCACUGAGACAGUUCCUGUGGAACAGUUCCUCAAGCUUUCUCAGGAGCAGCACAGGAUUCAGCACAGUGGAGAAUACACGAACCCCAAGUGGUUUAUCCCCAACACACUCAAGUACUACGUCUUACUGCAUGACAUGAGCGAAGGGGGUGAACAAAGGGCAGAUUCGGUGUACGAGGAUAUGAAACAGAGGUACGGCCAUCAGGGCUGCUAUCUGUUAAAAAUUAACUCGCGUACCUUGUCAGCUGAAGAGGAGGAACAGAUUCCAGACCCCUGGAGUCAAUACCUGCACAGGAAUAACCUGCAGAACCAGGGCAUGCCUGAUGAUGUGGCUGCAGCUGUGAACACCGCUGCUGUGGAGAACAACAUCAGUGCAGCUGAAGUGGACGGUCAGUCAAUAGAGAAAGAUGGAGCAUCCAACAGUCUGGACAGCCAUCCUCUCCAGCUGGACACAGGGAGCAGCUCUGGGAUUGUACACACCCUCAGUUCUGUUCACACUGACCUUAAGAAAAGUCCCAGAGAUCCAGAGAGCCUGGCGGGGGGAGCAGGGAGCCAUGGUGCAUGUCUGACCCUUAGUGACCACGACCACAUCAGGCAGUUCAUCCAAGAGUUCACCUUCAGGGGCCUGCUGCCACACAUAGAGAAGAACAUCAGACAGCUCAAUGACCAGCUGGUUUCCAGGAAAGGUCUGAGUCGCUCUCUGUUCACUGCCACCAAGAAGUGGUUUGGUGGAGGGAAAGUUCCAGAGAAGAGCAUCAGUGAACCAAAGAGCACAUUUGGCCUUCUAUAUCCCCCAGAAGCCCCUGAGCUGCAGAUCAGGAAGAUGGCCGACCUGUGUUUCCUGGUUCAGCACUACGAGCUGGCCUACAGUUGUUACCACACUGCCAAGAAGGACUUCCUGUCAGACCAGGCCAUGCUCUAUGCUGCAGGGGCACUGGAAAUGGCUGCCGUGUCAGCCUUUCUGCAGGCUGGAGCACCCAGACCAUACCCAGCACACUACAUGGACACUGCAAUACAGACGUACAGAGAUGUCUGCAAGAACAUGGUGCUGGCUGAGCGCUGUGCAUUACUUAGUGCUGAUAUACUCAAAAGUCAGGGCAAAUACUCAGAAGCUGCAACUCUCCUCAUAAAGAUGACCAGUGAGGACUCUGACCUACGCAGUGCUUUGUUAUUGGAACAGGCAGCCCACUGUUUUAUUAAUAUGCGUAACCCCAUGGUGCGCAAGUUUGCCUUCCAUAUGAUCCUGGCUGGUCACCGUUUCAGCAAAGCAGGCCAGAGGAGGCACGCACUGCGAUGUUACUGCCAAGCCAUGCAGGUGUACAAGGAGAGGGGCUGGUCUUUGGCAGAGGACCACAUCAACUUCACAAUCGGUCGUCAGUCCUUCACACUUUCCCAACCCGAGAACGCUGUAACGGCCUUCAGACAGAUCUUGACCAAUGACAGCAGGCAGACAGCCACACAGCAGGGCGCCUUUCUCAGAGAAUAUCUCUAUGUUUAUAAGAGUGUGUUAGGAGGAAAUGAAGAAAGCCUCCCCCAGCUGCCUCUGCCCUGCAUCCACAGCUCAGCCACAAGGGUGUACUUCGGACACGAACGCCGCCUUGCAGAAGGGGAAAAGCAGGCAGCCACUCACGUGUCCCUGGACCAGGAGUAUGACCAGGACUUGGCAGCUAUGUGGGGCCACUUAGAGGAACAGAUUGUGGCUGCUGCCAACAGGGGGAUUGUUCCAGCAAACUACCAGCCCACCCAGUGCUGCCUGAACAGUCAGACAGACAACCUGCGCUGCCCACUGGCUGUUGCAGAGGAGCCAAUCAUAGUGGAGGUGACGUUCAGGAACCCUCUGAAGGUUCCACUGGCUCUGUCCAACCUCUCACUCCUCUGGAGGUUCAUACCUGAUGCGGCUCCAUCCGAGGAGAAGAUGCCUGAAGAGUUGGAAGGAAAGACCUUCACCAAUGAGGAGACCCUGGCUCGAGGGAUGACACCGAAAGAUGACAUUGUCACCACUGAGAUCAUCUUGGAGUUUCUUCUGGGUUCAGAGGAGACCAAAGUGGCUAGACUCCAGCUGUUGCCACACAGAAUGGGCCAGCUAAACAUUGUUGGUGUGGUGUACAACCUAGCUGCAGCUUCCUCUGGAGAGACGGCUCCCAGCACUGAAGUUACAGACCAGCUGGAUUUGAUGGUGGUUCGUGGCAGACAGGACCUGAAGAUCCGGGGCCCACGACUGAACCAGACUAAAGAGGACAAGAUGUUGAUUCGACAUGGCCUGGAUCGGCGUCUGGAUCCCAUCAUAACACCACCAAUGCCCCUGAUGGAGGUUUUCUUCCUGCAGUUUCCCACUGCUCUUCUGUGUGGUGAGAUCAGGAAGGCCUACGUUGAGUUCUGUAACGUCAGCGGUGUUGCUUUGUGCGGCCUUCGAGUGGCGUCCACACACCCAGAUUUCUUCACCUUUGGCAGCCAGACCACCACGCCCGUCAGCCCGACCUCAGCUGAAAACUGUUCAGCCUAUAAAACCACAGCUGUGCAGGGGCAGCAAGGCUCCGUAGCAGCGGAGAUGUUGGUUUCAGCGGAGGAUUUCAGCCAGCCCUCCGGUGUGAUGGACAUCCCAAUAGAAGGCAGCACGCUGCAGCCUGGGGAGUCCACUCAGCUGCCUCUCUGGCUCAGAGGACCAGACCAGGAGGGAGUCCAUGAAAUCAACCUUCUGUUCUACUACGAGAGCAAAGAAAAAGGAAUCAAAAUCAGCCAUCGGGUGUUGCGUCACACAGUGUUUAUCUGUGCCAGUCGCUCUCUGAGUGUCCAGGCGUUGGCGUGCCGCAGCAGUGUUCCUCCUCAUCACAGUUUGGAUGGCAAAGGUAGCAGUGGAACACUGGUCUUUAUCGAUGUGGAGAACAUCAACACGAGUGAAGCUGGCGUGCGUGAGUUUCACAUCAUCCAGGUGUCCAGCAGCAGUCAACACUGGCGCCUUCAUAAGUGUAUCAAUCCCACCAAGGACAAAGACUGUAAACUCCGCAGCAGAGAAAGAGCCAAACUGUGUUUCAGGGCCACACCAUGCAAGCCCCACCAAGAUACCUCAGAUGCUGUCAAGAAAUACACUUUUUCAGACCUGAAUCUAGGAAAUGAACGGAUAAUCAGUUCCUCCACGCCCUGUGGAGAUUUCUUCUUCCGUGGCCAUCGAACUCCAGAGUCUCAGCAAGUGGAUGGGGGAUCAUCCAGGACAUCAUCCAACAGCAAGAGUCAGAGCUUGGUCUCUACUCAGGACAGGGCCAAUGACAUUACCAACAUUGUCAAGAAGUGUAAUGAGCUGGACCUCAACAUAAUCGUCAUCUGGAAGGCCUAUGUGGUUGAGGACAACAAACAGCUGAUCCUAGAGGGCCAGCUCCAUGUGGCGCUGCACACCAUCGGAAAAGAGGCCAGUUCUCUGACCCCCAAAGAGGAAGCUCAAGAGAUGGUUCUGCUCAAGUUUAAAUCAGAAGUACCUACUCCAGUGGUUCCACCCUCCGCAGAGCUGUCCCAACUCAUCAAAACCAACCUGCACUACCCUGAGACCUACACACAUCCAUUUGCCCAGGAUAGUCUCUGUGUGGUCCCCGUCACUCUCACUCUGUCCAACUGCUCCAUGGCUGACGUGGACAUCAUCAUUGACUUAAGACACAAAAAUACCAGUCAAGAGUCUGUGGAGAUCCACAGCUCGUUCACCUGGGUUGGUCAGACCCAGUACAAGCUGCAGCUGAAGCCUCAGGAGGUGAUGUGCCUGACUCUGCGAGCCUGUUUCCUCCAAGCAGGAGUCUACAACCUUAACACACCGCGAGUCUUCGCCAAGCCAGCUGAGCAGGGCGCCAUGUGUGAGACAAGUCAGCAGACUGCUAGUCCUGCUCUCAUCAUCAUCAACAACGCCUGAGUGGAGCGUCAUGGUGGCUCACUGAAGGACCGGACUCUGAGUCCACCAGCUGCUCCUACACACAGACAACCAUACUCGUUCUUCUUAAUUAAUACUGGACAGCAGGAAACGUAAAUGUUUGUACCAAUUACUCAAAUAGAAAAGGUGUAUUUAAAACAAACUGCUAAAGUUUAUAGAGAUUGAUGAGCUGUUGAGUUUAUGGACCUCUGAAUUAUUCAUUUCCUCAUCCAAACUUCAAAGGGUUUCACUUGCAUGUUCAUUUCUCUGUUUGAGGUUUAAUAUCCGACCAUCUCGCCCUCCACAGCUCUACUGUCACCACAUACUGGCCACCAGCAUCACAAACACACUGGUGUUUGGAAGCUAACAAAAGCUGGCAGAUGCGAAUCUUGACUCUGUUAUCUCACUUUAAGACUUAAGAUCAAACUGAUGCGCCUUUAAAAAACAGGGUGCAUGUCCAUGUUGGGAGUGCUCCCGUGGCAGACGUAGUUUCUGUGUCUUUAGUUCAGUUCAUCUCCAUUGGUCUUUGGCUCAACACUCUGUGGACUGAUGCAACAACUUCAAAUAUAUUGAACUCUAGUUUUAAGCAGUAGUUUUAAAACGUCAGUUACUGUGACAUUUUAACAAGAGCUGUUUUCAUGAGUAUUGUACACUUUUUAUUGAGUCUACAGCUGACAACUUACUGCCCAUUCUCUGUGUGAUGAUGACUCUGUCAGUACAAUACAUGACCACGUCCUCAUGUGCACACAGUUGAUUGGCCAAAAUAAAUCAGCCCCCCCCCCCCACACACACACACCUUAUUUUGAUUGAGCUCCUGUAUGCAUUGACUUGACAGCUUUUCUCAGAAUUAUGUAUUAUAUUUAUAUAACAAAUUGGUUGUAAAUAGAAAAUAAAAAUGUAACUAAUGACACUGUUUACUGUGAGAGGCUAAUAUAAGUGUGACAUUUACAGAGUAUAAUAUUGUGACCAGGGGGGUGUUCCAUCAACGCAGCUAAACACACCGCGGCUUCAUUGAAAAAGCCUGGUUAGAAUUAACACCAACUUUGACUUGAGGCUAAAGCCUUUCCACUAACGCCGCUCAGCGUGUCUAGUCAAUGCUAACUCAACCCAGACUAUACAUGCCAGCAUUGUGCGCCAGCGUAGUAUACAAGCAGCCUGUAUAACAGCCGGGAGCAGCCAAUAAGAUGUCGCAAAAAGUGGUGAAAAGCAGCGCUGAUGGAGCUUUAUGUAGAAUGUCAAGUGACGGUCAUAAAAAAGACAAUACUGCUGCAAUUAACAGAGCCAGGGACAUGGCAAGGCAAAAAAAUGCAGACUGAUUAAUUAAUUGUUCACAAUUAUGGUGUAGGCUAACUUGAGAGAACACAACUACAAUGAAUUUACUGUUAAUUGGCCUAACCUGGCGAAGUUACCCUGCCCUUCAUUAUUCGGUUACAUCUCAACAGGAGCAAUCUGAACAGCCAAAAAAGAACUUGGCCACAAGUGAAAACCUAAUGAUGUUU